AUGUCUGACAUUUUCCUGUCUCUUCUGUAGUAGUUUAACAGCAGCUGUUUAAACUCCUCACAAGCAAAGUUGAGCUUUGAUUCAUCAGCACACUGGCCCCCACCCUCUUUAUCGCUCAGAUGAGAGCAAACGAGGAAGUGAAAACACCAUAACACCAUAAGUUCUUUCCGCCGUGAAGUAGCAGCGUGCGCUUUCUGUGCUGUGGUCUCCAUUCAGGCAAGGUUUGUGUGGCAGGUUAGUGAGCAGAAGAGAACUGGAACUAAAGUUUAAUAUACUGGCUAAAAAUAAGAAGCAGCAUCAAUGCAGACUAAUUGGAUUGCGAUUAUUUUAUCCGUCUUGUUGACCAUGGGACUGCUGAUGGUGGUCCAGAGCCAGUAUCAAUUGAAGCGCAUUCUGGACAGCAAGAUUGAAACAAUGGAAGUGGCGUUAGAGAAAUCUUCUGAUGAUUAUCAAAGUAAGGACCUCUUCAAAGCCGCUGUGGAAAAACUGCUGGCUCAGGGCCAGAAACAUGUAGAUGAUAUGGAAGCUGCACUCAAUAAACUCAGUUCAGAAACGGAGCAGAAGAAAGCAGAAAACGAUGCAUGCCAAGAAAAAAUGAAAAACGCACAAGAAGAGCUGGAAAGUAUCCAAAAGACACAAAGUGAAACUAAAGCUUCCUUGGAUGCAGAGGUUGAGGCCUGGACUCAGGAGAUUAACACGCUAAAAGAAACACUGGUACAACACAGUCCAAUAUGUGCGUAUGUGAAGAGGAGCGAGUUAUCUGACAACGUAUGUGGCAUAAACCUCAACAAGGAUACAGCUUAGCCGAAUAAGACCAAAGAGAAUAAAGUUAAUGAAUAAAAAUAAUAAAAUAAUAAUAAAAUCAACUUUCAUUAAAAAUGUGUAGUUCCUUUCUUCCUUGUUCUUUACAGAGAUGAUGUACCCUUCUUCUCAUAUGGUCUUUGUCUACCCCUUCAUCUGCUUUUAUAGUUGAUGUACAGAGUUUUCCUUCUGUGUGUUUCCAUAUAAGCAGCUCAGCAUGUGGUCGCAGGCGUGGGACUGCCUGGAUGCAGGCGUAGGACUAAUGUAAAGAAACUCCAGAGGAAAGCAGUGAAGUGUGUGAAACUGAUAGUUACGGGUAAAUGGCUGUUUAAUGAGUCACUUAUUUUAUCGGGGAAGAACUUGUUUGUAAAAUAUAAUUUUAGUUACUAAUAAAUUGAGGGAAUUAGGUUUUACGGAAGAGGAUUAGGGCCACUGGGGGGGAAGAAUUCUGAGGGAAAAAAAGUCAGAAUUCUGAGAUAAUAUGAGCACUGCGUAAAAGCAGUGAAGUGUGUGGAAAACCUAGCCGGGUUUACCAUGACUUCAGCAGCUGCUGGUGUUACCUCUGACACCGGUUGACCACGAAUGAGUAAUUCAUUAAGUUUCGGUUUCUGCUGCCCCUCGCAACACGACCUGCAGCAGCCGCAUCACCGCUCCGGGACUCGCCUCAGAGGAGGGGAGGGCGGUGGAGGAGAGCGGAGAAAGGUGAGCGGAGUGGACUCAGUUAUUACAACAAGCCGAUUACUGAAGGCUACUGAGCCUUCUCUGUCAAUAUGCGUCUGUCCUCUCUCGGUCAGACGGGAGGAGGACACAGCAGCCCACAGCCGGACUUUCCUUUUUCCCUUUUUCACAUGAAAAAACUUUUAAGGGAACUUUUUUAAUGGACCUACUCCACGAGAACGCACGUGAAGAAAGCCUGGAUGUUUUAUUUGAUAAGAUCUGAUUUAUUCUGUAAGAUGUGUGUGUGGCACUCUGCGGAGCAAACGGUGACCUCCAGGUACUUAAAACGUUGGGGGGUUUUUUGUUUGUUUUAGCGGCUGCAUUAUAAAAAUUUUUUUUUAAUAUAAUAGCGAAUGCUGUUCAUAAUUUGAUCUUUACGCAUUUAAUUUAUGUAAAGGAGGUUAAAUUUGGAAGCCAAAUGAAAUGCUUUGCGCACUAAACUUUAUUAGUAAGUGAACUCCAAGAAGCCAAGUGAGGGGGGAAGUAAAGCCCCUCUCUGCCUCGCUCACCUGCACGUGCAAAGUGUAAAAAAUGAGCAGCCCCUCCAGGAGUUUAGACGGACAGAAAGGUGACGGCUCAGGCACCAAACCGGAGACGCCCAGGUACCGCAGCUGGAGCAGUCUCCGCUUCUCCAAAUGGAGAAAUGCGUCCCAGAGGGCAACCCCGCCUGCCACCCCUUCCCCGAAGACAGACAAGAGGAGCGACGUGAGCAACACGCUCUUCUCUCUGGUCAAGACUCACAAUGACGACUACACAGCGGAUCCGGAUGGCCUCCUGGAGACCAACGGAGAGGGCGAAGGAGACAGCGCUAGCCAGUCUCAGGACCAGGCCACCUACUUCCAGAAGCAGUUUGGCUCCAUGCUGCAGCCCGGGGUCAACAAGUUCUCCCUGCGCAUGUUCGGCAGUCACAAAGGUGUUGCUGCUGAGCAGGAGAGGGUUAAAAGCUUUGGAGUGUGGAUCAUACACCCCUACAGUGACUUCAGGUUUUACUGGGACAUCGUAAUGCUCCUGUUGAUGAUGAGCAAUCUUGUCAUUUUGCCCUGGGGUAUCACCUUCUUCGAAGACCAGAACACCAUGCCCUGGAUCACCUUCAACGUCUUGUCAGACACACUCUUCCUCAUGGAUCUGGUUUUCAACUUCCGUACGGGCAUUUUGGGAGAGGACAGCCACAUCAUCCUGGACCCCAAAGAGAUCCGCAUUCAUUACCUCCGCACUUGGUUCCUGGUGGAUUUCAUCUCCUCCAUCCCUGUCGACUACAUCUUUCUCAUCGUCGACCUCGAAUCCCGACACGAGUCAUCAGACGUGUACCGUACCGCUCGUGCACUUCGCAUUGUGCGUUUCACAAAGAUCCUCAGUCUGCUGCGUCUUCUCCGUCUGUCUCGCCUCAUCCGAUACAUCCACCAAUGGGAGGAGAUUUUCCACAUGACUUAUGAUCUGGCCAGUGCUGUGGUGCGUAUAGUCAACUUGAUUGGAAUGAUGUUGCUGUUGUGUCACUGGGAUGGCUGCCUGACAUUUAUGGUACCUAUGCUGCAAGACUUUCCUUCAGACUGCUGGGUAUCCAAAAACAAUAUGGUGAACUCUACAUGGCACAUCCAGUACUCCUACGCUCUGUUUAUGGCCAUGAGUCACAUGCUGUGCAUAGGAUACGGUGCUCACCCUCCAGAGGGCAUGACCGAUGUUUGGCUCACCAUGGUCAGCAUGGUAGUCGGGGCCACGUGCUACGCCAUGUUCCUCGGCCAUGCCACUAACCUGGUCCAGUCCUUGGACGCCUCGCAUCGGCAGUAUCAAGAGAAGUAUAAACAAGUGGAGCAGUACAUGUCAUUUCAUAAACUGCCAGCAGACUUAAGACAGAGGAUCCACGAUUACUAUGAGCAGCGAUUCCAAGGCAAGAUGUUUGAUGAGGACAACAUCCUCGGAGAGCUCAGUGACCCACUCAAGGAGGAGAUUGUCAGCUAUAACUGUCGUGGACUCGUAGCCAAUAUGCCGCUGUUUGCCAACACUGACCCUCAUUUUGUGACGGUGAUCCUGACCAAGCUGCGUUUCGAAGUCUUCCAGCCGGGAGAUUUUAUUAUACGAGAGGGAACGCUGGGUCGGAAAAUGUACUUUAUCCAGCACGGCACCGUCACCAUCAUCCCACGUGGUAGUAAGGAGAUUAAGCUCAGCGAUGGAGCAUAUUUUGGGGAGAUUUGCUUGCUGACACAGGGACGACGCACAGCCAGCGUGAGGGCUGAGACCUACUGCCGUCUUUACUCGUUGAGCGCGGACAGUUUCAACGAGGUCCUGGAGGAGCAUCCUCUGAUGAGGAGGGCGUUUGAGAGUGUGGCCGUGAACCGACUGGACCGCGUUGCGCGCCGACCGAGUUAUCAGCCAGUCCCGGAUGAAUGACUUCCUCAGCACCAUGAGAAAAACAUUCCAGCCAGACUCAUCGAGCACAUUUGUCACAUUUAAACUGCACAUGACAAAGAUAUCUUCUAUUGAAGCACGCUGAUGGACAAUCAGAUAGCGAGACCUACUUAAACUUUUUAGUACAGCAUUACUGCGAUGAUGUGACAAUAGUCUACCUUUAGUGGUUUUAUUUUAUUAUUUGAACUUGAAUCAGCUGUAAUAUGUGCUCAUGUUUGUGUUAGAGCUUUGUAUACUCUUCGUGUAAAAUGACCUGUAUAAUUUUGAAACUGUAUGGACAUCAGCGAUGAUCUUUUGUUUCUCCCGUUCUGAUGAUAUUACAUUUUGAUUUACAUGAGCUUUUUUAUUCAUGUAUUGAUGUAUUGAUUUAUUUUUUUACCAACAGUCUGUCUAGAUUGGUCUCUUUCCAGCUGUAAAUACCUCUUUUAAAGCACAUUUUAGUGGCCUGUAGUAGCCACUUUGAUUAUCUAUCAGAUCAUCCGUCCAGGAUAUUGACAGCCUGCAGGAGCAGCAGCUGGUGUUACAUCAUUCAGCUUUCUGUGGCUCUAUUUUACAUGAUCCUUCUCAUCUGUAGGUUGCCUGAUGUGAAGAUUUAAUGCUGAUGUUCACAGAAGAUCAGUUGCAGUUAUGUAAUAUCUCCAGCUGUACACAGACAGGUUUCACAGAGCUCAUAUAAAGAAUAAUUUAUACCCAGUAUUAUUUGUUUCCAUACUAUUUUUGUUUCAUUUUUUUCUGGAAUAUUGUUUAUUUAUAAUGUAAAACUAAUGAAUGAGAAUAAAGUCUCUAUAGGUUAACUAGUAUGUAACCGUCAGACGAUGCUGUUGUAUAAUAUAAGUUCUAUUUUUGUAAAUAUAUCAGCUGAACUUUCUCAGUUUUUUUUUUACUUCACUUUUUUAGUGGGGUUUCAUACAGGGUCUACAUGCAGCAUUUUUCACAGCAGAAACCACAGCUGUAUCUACACAUUAACAAUGUAGUUAUUAGAAGUUUAUUUCUGUUCUGUUUUUGCUUCAAAGAAAGAUUUUACAAAUUUAAAUUGACUGAACGCUGAUUUACAUUUAGAUUAAUACUGUGUACUUUUCUCAGAUGCAUUUGAAACAACAUGAUUUUGAAAAUUUUCAUCUGAUGCACACAAAACGGUCGUUUUUUGAAUUUACAAGUUUAACUGAAAUGUCUUUAUUUUUUCUUAUUUCUCUGAUUAUUACCUUUAUAUUGAUGAUGUCAUGUGUAUACCAAUGUCUGUAACCUUGAAGCAUAAAUAUCAAAUAUGUAUUUUUUCCUAUGCAGUGUGUUAUUUGUGCUUAUGUAUAAAGAAUGUGCAGACACGUUGA